AUGGAUAGACGCACCCCCUAUUCUUUGAGCGUGCUCGCGCCCAGCACAAAUGGUGUCGAUGAAGAUCGCACAAUUAUUGAGACUCGGCUCCGGGAUUUCGUGCUAGAAUUCCAGCUGGAUAAUUCAUUCGUUUACCGUGAUCAAUUACGGCAGAAUGCACUUGUAAAACAAUACUACUGUGAUAUUGAUAUCGCCCAUCUGAUCUCCUACAAUGAAGAGUUGGCCCACAAACUCACCACCGAACCCGGCGACAUCAUUCCCCUUUUCGAGCUCGCUCUGAAGCAGUGUACUGCGCGCAUUGUCUACCCCGGGCAGCGAGAUAUCAUACUCCCCUCUCACCAAUUGCUCCUACACUCCUCCGCGUCGCACAUUUCAAUUCGUGACCUCACUGCCACUAAUAUCUCCCACCUCGUUCGCAUUCCUGGAAUUGUGAUUGGAGCUUCCACAAUAUCCUCUAAGUCCACAGUCGUUCACAUUCGUUGUAAGGGCUGUGACCACAGCGAAAACAUCCAGGUCGAUGGUGGAUUCGCCGGCCUGUCGCUACCACGUCGUUGCGGCCGACCCAGAGGAGAAAAUGACCAACCUAACGAGCAAUGCCCCUUGGAUCCUUACGUCGUUCACCAUGAGAAAUGCCAAUUUGUGGAUCAGCAAGUCCUCAAACUUCAAGAAGCCCCUGACCAGGUCCCGGUCGGCGAGCUGCCGCGACACGUGCUUAUUUCUGCAGAUCGAUACCUUGCUAAUCGAGUGGUUCCUGGUUCCCGUUGCACAGUAAUGGGUAUCUUCUCGAUCUACCAGGCGAAGGGUGGAAAGAAGGACGCUGCUGUGGCCAUCCGCAACCCCUACCUCCGCGCAGUGGGCAUCACCUCCGAUCUCGACCAGACAGCAAAGGGCGCCUCGGUCUUCUCUGAGGAGGAAGAACAAGAAUUUUUGGAGCUCAGCAGACGGCCUGAUUUGUACGACGCGCUCGCCCGAAGCAUUGCCCCUUCCAUCUAUGGAAAUGCGGAUAUCAAAAAGUCCAUCGUCUGCCUGCUUAUGGGUGGCUCAAAGAAGAUCCUUCCCGAUGGAAUGAAGCUACGUGGUGACAUCAACGUGCUUAUGCUGGGUGACCCUGGUACGGCCAAGUCUCAGCUUUUGAAGUUCGUCGAAAAGGCUGCGCCCAUUGCCAUCUACACCUCCGGCAAGGGUUCUUCUGCUGCCGGUCUCACAGCUUCCGUGCAGCGAGAUCACACCACACGCGAAUUCUAUCUUGAAGGUGGUGCUAUGGUGCUCGCUGAUGGCGGUGUUGUGUGUAUCGAUGAGUUCGACAAGAUGCGUGAUGAGGACCGUGUAGCCAUUCACGAAGCUAUGGAACAGCAGACCAUUUCUAUUGCCAAGGCCGGUAUCACCACAAUCCUCAACUCGAGAACGUCGGUUCUGGCUGCCGCCAACCCUAUCUUCGGUCGAUACGAUGAUCUCAAGACCCCCGGUGAGAACAUCGAUUUCCAGACCACCAUUCUGUCCCGUUUCGACAUGAUCUUCAUUGUCCGCGAUGACCAUGAGCGUGGCCGCGAUGAAAAAAUCGCCCGCCACGUCAUGGGUGUGCACAUGGGUGGUCGUGGUGUGGAGGAGCAAGUGGAGGCUGAGAUUCCCGUGGAGCAGAUGAAGCGCUACAUCAGCUACUGCCGCAGUCGUUGCGCACCCCGUCUGUCGCCCGAAGCCGCGGAGAAACUCUCCUCCCACUUUGUCUCUAUCCGAAAGCAAGUCCACCGCGCUGAGAUGGAAUCCAACACCCGUUCCUCCAUCCCGAUCACCGUGCGUCAACUCGAGGCUAUUGUCCGUAUCUCCGAGUCCCUCGCCAAACUUUCUCUCUCUCCUAUCGCCACCGAAGCCCACGUGGAUGAGGCCAUUCGCCUGUUCCUGGCGUCCACCAUGGACGCCAUCACCCAGGGUGAAGGCCAAGGCAGCAAGGAACUCAUGGAGUCAGCCAGCAAGAUUGAAGAUGAACUGAAGCGUCGCCUGCCAAUUGGCUGGAGCACAAGCCUGGCGACCUUGCGCCGGGACUUUGUCGACGCUAAGCAAUACAGCGAGCAAGCACUUAAUCGGGCACUGGUUGUCUUGCAGCGCCGUGACACUAUCCAGAUCCGCUCUGGUGGAUCUCAAAUCUACCGUAAUGGAGUUUAA